GUUUAAUCAGGUUUCAUCCGUCAUCAUGUUCCGUUAUUGCACAUCCCUAUGUCCUUGCUAACAUUUACAUCCGAACAAAUGGCGGAUUUGGAGCUCAAGAUUUGUGUAUUGGUAUUUUUACUCUUCCCAAUUAUUUCAAAUGCUUACGAUAACUUGGCCCUCAAUAGGCCACCAACCUUUGAGCCCUCCCAGACAGCGACUCCAGGCAAUGAUGGCAAUCCCGCAACUUGUAUUAACAUGCCCGCGACAGCCAUUGGGUCGGCGAGGUUUUUCGUGGAGUUGGCGAGCGUCAGAAGGAUCAAAGAGGUUAACAUUACAUUUCCCGCAGGAGCUGUAGGAAACGAAGGCUUUUUCAUUUCCAUUUCCAACACAUCAACUUUGUUCACUGGACACAUAUGCUACCGCUCAAAGAUAAAUGUUAUCCCGCAGACAUCGGCCACCUAUCCUUGUAUUGGAUCAGGGAGAUAUUUGAGCGUCUACAACACGCAGAGAUCAGGGACAAUAGACUUCGAUAUCUGUGAAGUUGCUGUGACAGGUUGUCCCAAUAAAAGAUAUGGAAACGACUGUUCUCAAACCUGCACAUGUCCAGACGAAUGCGAUUUUGAGACCGGGGAAUGUUUAAGUCAUGCACCAGUUUGCAACAUUCCUGGAUGGUGGGGAGAUAACUGUAAUGAGAUUUGUGGAUUUUGUAAAGAUGGCGCUGUAUGUAACAACAGGACAGGUGCGUGUCCGGCUGACUGUUCUGCUGGAUACAGGUCAAGCACCUGUAAUAUCGAAUGUAUUGCUGGGACUUUCGAUGAAAACUGCGUAAAAGAAUGUGGCAAAUGUAAAACCAGCCCGUGUAAUUCGGUGACGGGGGCUUGUGACAAUACAGGAUGUCAGACGGGAUACAUGGGCACUGGCUGUUUCAACACCAACAACUUUUACAACAAUCAGCAGGGAUCAAUGAUAAAUAGUUGGGCAGGAAACGUUGCGACGGGUUCGAUUUCGUACAACACAGCUUUGACAGAUGGGGAUUUUACAACCAGUUGUGCGUAUCAAAAUGCGCCCUUUUCCAACACCGUCGGUUCUACAUCAUACCAAUACACACUGGCAACACAGAGAGUACUGAGGGAAAUUGUUCUUUACUUUAGUACAUCAGCUAGUUCUUUGUCAAAUUAUGCUGGAUUUAGUAUCUCUAUAUUUGACGGUACUAACCGUCGUGUGUGUUACACCUGGAACUCUACUGGAGUCCCCGUCAUCAUGCAGACCGUUCCGUGCUUGGGAUUGGCAAACUCCAUCAACAUAACCAACGAAAGAAAAUCAGGUGUGACAUACCCAGCAGCAUGGGGGGCUAAUCCUGGUUUAGCAUUUUGUGAAUUAGCCGCAACAGGUUGCCCUGCGGGGAAAUACGGCACUUAUUGCGAGAAGACCUGUACGUGUUUGAUCUGUGAUUAUGUCACGGGGGCGUGUCCCAGCGUUGACCAAAAUUGCAAAAACAGAACGUACGGCGUGAAUUGUUUAGAAAAAUGUGGAAACUGCAAGAAUGACGAAGCGUGCAAUGUAGAGACCGGGGCGUGUCCGAACGGGUGUACAGCUGGGUAUCAUGGAACAUUGUGUAAAGACGCUUGCCUGUCCAGACAGUACGGAGAAAACUGUUUGCAAACAUGUUCCCGGUUCUGUAAAAAUAAUCGGGUUUGUGAUUCUCUGACUGGAAGUUGCCCAGAAGGCUGUGCUACAGGAUAUCAAGGCUCGACAUGCGCACAAGUUUGCUCCUUUGGUACAUACGGUGAUGGGUGUUCCCAGACCUGUGGUAAAUGUUUAAAUGGUGCAUCAUGUGACAAUGUAAACGGUUCGUGCAGUGGUGGCUGUUCUCCUGGAUAUAAAGAUCCUCCUUUCUGCAAAAAUGCAUGUGAAAAUGGCACCUACGGUCAUGGUUGUGUGAACAACUGUAGCAGAAAUUGCCAGGACACCGCAUGCAAUCACAUAAGUGGAAAUUGUACCAAAAGAUGCAUAAUAGGAUAUCAGGGAGAUUUCUGUUCAGCUGUGUGUUCUCGGGGUACAUAUGGUGAAAACUGUUUGCAGCGCUGCACCUCUUGCAACAACAUGUCUUGUAACCACAUAGACGGCACUUGUACUGAAAUGAGCACCGAAGAAAAUCCCAGCAAUGUUACAGGAACUGUGGUUACAGAGAAACUAAAAUCAGAUUUGACCACGGACGACCUAGCCAUGCUCAUCUGUCUGGUGGUUGGUGUCAUCACACUCAUUGUUGCUGUCGUUUUCAUCAUCAUCGCCGCCCGAACACACAAACGAUUUAAACAAGAACCAGAAGACUAUGAAGAGGAGGACAUUAUUCGUAAAAACAGCCGUGAUGCUCUGCCAGAUUUACCAAACAAUGGACACGUCAAAGCAAGCGAUCAUUUGGUGACUGUGCAAGGGCCCUUUCGCAGUGCUCCUAAGCCUGCCCCUCCCGUUUCGGAUGACGGCGGUCUUUAUUUUGGUGUGGAUGACGAACCCUACAAAUCGGAAGACUACUACAAUGCCAGUGUGUUUGCUUGUGGGAUCCCCAUCCCAGUAUUAAAGAAACACAUCAAAACGGAUCAGAAGCGGAUCGAAGACGAAUUCAAAGAAUUACAAAAAGGGGCCAUCCACCCAUGCACCUUAGCCAACAAACUGGAAAACAAGCCUAAAAAUAGAUACCUCACAGUUUUACCAUAUGAUCAUUCCAUUGUCCAGCUGACACCUCUUUCUGGAAAACCUGAUACCAACUACAUAAACGGAAGCUACAUAGAUAGCACGCUAGAGGACAAAGCUUACAUUGCUACCCAAGGACCUAUGACGUCAACUAUCGGCGAUUUCUGGAGAAUGGUUUGGCAGACAUAUUGUGGCAAAAUUGUUAUGCUUACAAACCUUAAAGAGAAAAACAAGAUCAAAUGUGCGCAAUAUUGGCCAAACAAAGGAUCUACUCUGGAAUUCGGACUUUAUAAAAUAUCGGUCCAAGCAGAAAAGACACAUGUCACAUAUGUACAGAGAGCAAUACGACUGGAGGACAUGGUGACCAGUGAGUGCCGUACCAUUCACCACUUCCACUACACGGCCUGGUCAGAUCAUGGUACACCUGAUCACGUGCAGCUUGUGGCGUUCCAUCAUCACGUGUCUUCUGUAUCGGCAGAUUUCAUUGGUCCCAUGGUUGUACACUGCAGUGCUGGCAUAGGUAGAACGGGUACCUUUAUCGCACUGGAUGCUCUUCUUAAACAGGCCAAACUUACCAACCAGGUCCAGGUGUUCAACUUCAUUAGACACAUGAGAAAGGAUCGCAUGAACAUGAUUCAGACAGGGGACCAGUAUUUGUAUGUUUAUCAUACAAUUUAUGAGGCACUUAAUAUGAAGAAUACAUCAAUAAAAAGGAAGAAUUUCCCGAAGGAGUUUUUCAAACUUGAGGACACAUCGUCUUCGUCAGAGAAGAGGACUACGGCAGAAUUUAAGACAUUACAAGAAAUGAGGGGGGUGUUCACUGCUGACAGUUUAAACCCAAAGCCUAAGCGGAAAGGCAUUAAAGAUGCUGCAAGUCAUGGAAAGAUCCAGACCAUUAAAGUACCGCCGUACGGAGAAAGCCGUGGUUUCCAGUUGGUGCAAUCCCUGAUGCCGACAAUGGAUGUGGACCUGUGGAACUACGUCAUGACGACAGAGUCGGCAGUCGUGGUGUCCUUGGAUAAACAGUCCAGCGAUGUUCUUGGAAGUUUCCUACCGACGUCAGGAGAAACUCGUGUGUCCGAUUACAUGGCGACUUCGAUCUCCAGCUCUGCCAUCAACGAGAACGUAAACGCAUCAUGUGCAAUGGUUGAAAUAACCAACAGAAACACGGAGCAGAGUGCUGAGAUCAUGAUUAUAAAAACCUGCAUCAGUGGAAAGAACUCCAAAAUGACAGCCUCAGAAAUGGCCAAUCUAGCAGUACUAAUCGAACACACUGAAAAAGCCAGCUCACUGAUCGGGGAGACAAUUGUAUUAAGCAGUGACGGAAUAUCCGGCCCGGGAUUGCUAUGUGUCGUGUCGUACGCUAUACAAGACGCCAUCACAGAAAAAGCGGUGAACAUAUUUCAAACUGUUCGUCAGUUCCAAAUCAGGAAUCCGAAAUUCAUCGCUAAUCAGGAGGACUACGAUUUCUGCUACAAGGCUGUACACGAAUUCCUUUUGACAGACAACGAUUAUGCCAACGUCGAUAAGGACCAAGAGUGAAUCAGUCUGCAUUGAUUUUAAGAUUUAGGUCUGGCCUUGUAGAAAAUUUUCAUCAUGUAGCACCCUUACUGUGUGAAAGCAGUAGGCUUGUUUUCAGUAUCAGUUACAAAUAUUAGUACUUUAAAACUGCUACUGUAGAGGUUCAAGGUUUUAGUGCAGAUGAAGCGUUUUUCAAAUUGAAAAUGGUAAAGUCACCACAUUAAUGCAUUACAAACUUUUAUAUGAUACAUUGUGUAUUAUUGUUUAUUGUUCAAUAUCUUUUUACCAUAACGAUUAACAAUGAGACAUAGGUUUUUAGAUACUUUUGACAAUAAUAACCCCCACCACUCACAGCCGACAUUACUCUACAUAGAGUGUGAUUGUUCCUCAUAGUAAUGUCUCUAGUCUACUUUAUUGAAUAUUCAUACUCCAUCACAGCAGAUAACCUGACAAUUCAGAUAAAUAAUUAAACACGGCUAAUGUCUCUAGUCUACUUUAUUGAAUAUUCAUACUCCAUCACAGCAGAUAACCUGACAAUUCAGAUAAAUAAUUAAACACGGCUACAAAAUUACUUCUCAUACAGACCCCAUUGAAAAGUCCAACAUGGAACUGCAUAGGUUUCUAUGCAAGAACACUUUAGUAGGGCAUCGUCAGUUCUCUUUGAACAAUUAUGGUCUGUGGUGGGAGCGUUUUCAUCGUGGUGACAUCUGGAAGGGCUGAAUCGUCAAGUGACUUUCCAGUUUUGACUGUCAUGCCCUUUUCAUCGCCUUCACGAUGAGACACACGGAAAAGAAGCUUUUGAUUUUCGCGCUUUUGUGAUUUUUCUGACGUCUUGGUAAAUUUAUGACGGGCAUCUGAAUUGUGUUUCUUCCAGUCGUUGUAACUGUAUUUCAAAGAGAGCAAAUUAUUCACGCUGUUAGUAAUAUUUCGUAAUGUCGUCAUUCUGCUUUGAACUUUUUGAGAGUGUCUUCGGACUUCGGCAGUGAGAAUUCGUUGUCCACGUUCAUAAGCGCGGAUCUUACGCUCUGUUUCCUUUGUGAGAUCACGAUGAAUCCGGUGCAGUUGACCAUGACGUGUUGGGUUCCGCAUGGACUCAAACCUGACGUCAUGAGUGGUAUCGUAUUUUAGCUGCCAGUGAAUUGGCGGUUGUCGAUGUUCCUGGUCUUCUCCAGGGAUGUGGAAUUUCUUUUCUGUCAUCAUGAUUCAGAACACUAAACUGAGGUCAAGAAACGCAUAGCAAGUUCCAUUUUAGUCAAGUCUUCACAUACACAAAUUUAUACAUCCAUUUGGAAAUAGUAAACACAAAGGUUCUGACUGAAAAAAAACAAGACGUCGUGGAAUUAAAUGUGUCGUUUUAUAUGUGGUAUAUACCCAAAUCAAAUGAAAACUGUGGUCAGUAGUAUUCUUCCAAAUCAAUUUCCAGAUCAUAUUUUCAGGAGUUCUGACAUGAUGUGGCACUUUUCUAGUGUAUAUGCUUAUUGUCUACGUCUUUAGAAAUAAAUAAAGGACUGUAGAAUACAACCAGGCAAUCAAUGUUUGUUUAUUGCAUUUAGACACUAACAACAGUAUAAAAUUACAUCGAAUCGGGCACUGCCAUUCACUUUCACACAUCUAAUCAUUUUUACAGCUUUGCAAUAAAUACAUGGAAUCGAUAGUUAUUACUCUAUAAAACUUUAAGAAUCCAUAAUUGGAACAUAAAGUUGUUUCACAAGAAAAAAGAAAUUUUUCAUACGAAAGAGCAAAUACAAAAAUUCUUCAAAAUGUGGUUUUUGAAUACAAACCUUCAUAAAGUAUGAAUUUCUAGGUUACUCCAGUAUGUAAAAACCAAAACUGCCGAGAGAAAAUGUCUCUGACUUUAAAACAAUAAAAUUUAGUUUCAAAAGAACAUUGAAGCAUUAGUUGGUUGAACGUUAGCGAGAUCUCCAAGUGUAAUCAUGUCACGCAUCACAUGGUCUUUUGAAUGACACACAGUUGUGACAUGGUACCCAAUCUACUACAAAGGUUUUUUGAUAGACAAUAUCUUAGAUGUUAUCGUUUGUGAUAAUGGAAUACGUUUGAUAAACAUGUGUGUAUGUAGUAUGUUGUAUACCAACAAGGUUUAAACAAAUAGCACGAUCGUUUGUUGAAAAUUAGGUAUCUGCAAAUUUUGAUGGAAACACUAAGUUUCUCAAAUUUUUAUAGACAAUCCCCAUGCUCGAUUUUCAGAAAUUAUUGAGUAUUCGAAAUCAAUUUAUAUACAAUGUAGUUAUUAAAGAGAAAGAGAGGCAAAGAGUUUAGUUGCUUUUUUAAUGAAAGAAAAAAUGAUUGGCUUUUUAAAAAAUCUUGGACAAGCAUCACUGACCUUUCUUCUCUCACAAUUUCUGUCAAAUUAAUCCAACAAAGAGGAAAAUCAAAUAAAAUUAUAAGGCCCAAACACACCGAGAAGCACCUCAGAUACACCGAGAAGCAAUAUAGCGACUGUGUAUUUAAUAUACCUCCAACGAAUAUUGAUAUUUACAUAUACUAAAAUGUGCAAACUUUAAAAUCUGACAAUGCAUUCUUUUCAACAAUGUGUAAGCGAAUUGGAGAAUUGUGUAAAAAUCAAAGAAAUUAAUUCAAUGUUAGUUGAAGUAUAUUUUUGUAAUAAAAAAAUGUUGACUUUCAAAAUUUUA